AUGUUGCUUGUGGACAGCAUUCCACAUAAUCUGGACAAGAAGGGUGGUGUCCAAGAAGCCAUUUCUCUAAUAACCAUUUUGGUGGGAAGCUAUUUGCAGCAUGGUGUACCUGAUAAUGGCCAUCUAACACCCACAGGAAGAGAAUUUGAAGGAGAAGAAGAAUAUCUGGAGAUCCUUGGCAUCACCAGGGAGCAGUCAGGCAAAUACGAGUGCAAAGCUGCCAAUGAAGUCUCCUCGGCAGAUGUAAAACAAGUCAAGGUCACGGUGAACUAUCCUCCCACUAUCACGGAGUCCAAGAGCAAUGAAGCCACCACAGGGCGACAAGCUUCACUCAAAUGUGAAGCCUCAGCAGUGCCUGCACCUGACUUUGAGUGGUACCGGGAUGACACCAGGAUAAAUAGCGCCAAUGGCCUUGAGAUCAAGAGCACGGAGGGCCAAUCCUCGCUGACGGUGACCAAUGUUACUGAGGAACACUACGGCAACUAUACCUGCGUGGCUGCCAAUAAGCUGGGAGUCACCAACGCCAGCCUAGUGCUUUUCAAGCGUGUGUUACCCACUAUCCCCCACCCUGUUCAAGAAAUUGGCACCACCGUGCACUUCAAGCAACAAGGACCUGGCUCGGUGAGAGGAAUAAAUGGAUCCAUCAGCCUGGCCGUACCACUGUGGCUGCUGGCAGCAUCUCUGCUCUGCCUUCUCAGCAAAUGUUAAUAGAAUUAAAAAGUUUAAAUAUAAUUUAAAAAAAAAACACACAAAAAAGCGUCACACGGGAUACAGAGAGAGAGAAAGAGUGAGAUGGGGGGAGGCCGUUUAUUUCACAACUUUGUGUGUUUAUAACUGAUAGGGGAGCUAAGAAAAUCAAGAAGAACAUACAGCAUUUAAAAAUAAUUUUAAGGUCUAUCAAUAAAAAUUGGAGUGUAAUUCAGAGUGGGAAAAAUGCUAGCAUGAUGUGUGUAUGUCUACUAAGCAAGCAAGUGCAGUGCAAAGACUACAUCCUGCUGAGGACAUCCGGAUGUUGUGAAAAAAAAAUCUAUAUACAGGACAAGUACAGAAGA